UUACGUAUUGUAGAUAGUAUUUUCAGAAAGCGUAUCUUUCCAAAUAAGUUAUGAUAUUAGGCGAAACUCUGUUGUUUUCUUUGUCUCUAAUCGAUAGUGGAGCAAUAUUAUUUUUGUUAGUUUAUUUUAUUAUUACCCUAUCUGACUUAGAAUGUGACUACUUGAAUGCUCAAGAAUGUUGUGACAAACUAAACUAUUGGCUGCUACCAAAAUAUAUAGGACACUCGUUUAUGACUUUUCUGUUAUUACUGCACGGGCAGCUGCUACUAUUCCUGCUAAAUCUACCUAUGCUCAUAUGGUUAACUUACGAAUAUUUUACUAUACCACAAGGUAACCUCGGAGCCUACGAUCCAGCCGAGAUACACAACCGCGGACAGCUAAAGAAGCACUUGCGCGAUGUGAUGAUCUAUGUCGGGUAUUACUUGAUAUUUUUCUUCAUUUACCUGUACUGCUUCAUACUAGCUAUACUAAAAGGCGAUCCACUGAAUCGCCACGCCGAUGACGAGAUCGUAACUGAACUAUAG